GUUGGUGGGGUUGCCCUUAGAUGUCCGAUCCGAUACGUAGCGGCAAGUGCAGUGAACGAGAGGAAGAACCACACAGAACAACUAGCAGCAGGAUGGCGCAACGGAGAGAACAGUUGCUGAUGCACCUGACGAGAAGCGUUCUAGCGACCCUGCUCAUCAUCAGUCAGUGCAUCGUGCGGAUUGACAGUUGGGUGCCAGAUGUCCAGAGCAAGUUACGCAUCCCAUACGAUGCUACAGUGCCGUCGUUUUUUGGCAAUAGCACCGAUUACUUUAAGUUGCUUGAUCAGAAUGAACACACGUUACUCAUCGGUGCCCGGAAUGCGGUGUACAACAUCACCAUCGAUCAGCUGGUGGAGCUGCCCGGACAGCGGAUAAGUUGGCCGUCGUCCGAUGCACACCGGGAGUUGUGCACGCUGAAGGGAAAGCACGAUCAAGACUGUCAGAAUUACAUCCGCGUGUAUGCACGGGUUAACGCGAACCGGAUAAUGAUUUGUGGAACGAAUUCCUUUAAACCACUGUGCCGGUACUAUAACAUCCUCCCCGGCAAUGGUUCGGUCGUGUAUGACAACAAUGAGCUGGAAGCGCAAGGACGCUGUCCGUACAACCCGCAACACAACAGCACGUACGUGUACACCGAUGGGCAGCUGUACUCGGCAACGGUAGCUGACUUUUCCGGUGCCGAUGCGCUGAUCUACCGGGAACCCCAGCGCACGGAACAGUUCGAUAGUAAGCAGCUGAAUCAGCCCGCGUUCGUCAGUGCGAUCGAGUACAACGGGUACGUGAUGUUCUUCUAUCGGGAGGUCGCGAUGGAGUACAUGAACUGUGGCAAGGCGAUCUAUUCGCGCGUGAGCCGCGUGUGCAAGAACGAUAAGGGUGGCCCGUACCCGUUCCAGGACAGGUGGACUACGUUCCUGAAGACACGUCUAAACUGCUCCAUCCCCGGAGAGUAUCCGUUCUACUUCGACGAGCUACAGGCUACAACGAACACGAUCAGCGGCAUGUACGGUGGAAUGCGCAACAAGAUCAUCUACGUCAUCAUGACCACGCCGGAAAACGCCAUCGGAGGUUCCGCAGUGUGUGCGUUCUCGGUGGAAGACAUUAUGGAAGCGUUCGAAGGACCAUUCAAAGCGCAGCGCGAUAUCCACUCCAACUGGCUACAGGUACCGCCGAGCUCGGUUCCCGAACCCCGACCCGGCAAGUGUGUGGACGAUAGCCGCACCCUUCCGAAAGCGUUGGUAAACUUCGUGAAGACGAACAAUUUGAUGGAUAACUCGGUGCCCUCGCUUCACUCGCGGCCCGUCUUUACACGCGUCAGCCUGUACUAUCGUCUAUCGGCGAUUGCAGUCGAUCCGCAGGUAAAAGCCCUGGAUGGCAAUCGGUACGAUGUGAUCUUUGUCGGUACGAACGAUGGCAAGGUGAUCAAGUUCGUGAACAUCCUUUCGGCGAACAGUUCGGACGAUGUGCGUACGGUGGUAAUUAGUGAGACGCAAGCAUUCCCACCCGGUACGAAGAUUAACGAGAUGACCAUCUCCAAGAAGAAUUCCGCGCUUGUUGUGAUUAGCAGUGGGAAGAUCAUAUCGCUCCCACUUCACAACUGUAACGAGCAUAGCUUUAAGACGUGCCGCAAGUGUUUGGAUUUGCAGGAUCCUUACUGUGCGUGGGAUGAUUUGAAUCGGGACUGUAAGCCGAUCGAAGAGGUUCAUGCGGCCGGUGCUUCGAUCGAUCAGUUCUACCAGCGGUUGGAUGGUGAGCGAAUUGGUGAGAUCUGUCGCAAGUACGAUCAUCAGGAGCCGACGGUUCACACGUACGAGGAUAACGAUGUGUACACGCGUGUCGAUGGUUCGGGUGCGGUAGAAAAGCCGGACAAAUCGUUCGACCAGCGUAAUGUGCUGAUCGUCCAUUCGAACCAUGGGACGGUUUCGUCUGUCGGGCCGGAAGAUAUCGACAACGAAAUAUCGAUGUCGUCGAUGGAAGGUGACGAGCUUGCUAACCGGAUCAUCAAUACGCAUCAGUACCAUCAUAAGCCAGAUACAUUCGUAAAGGAUAACUUACAAUUUGCGGCUAGCAAUUGGUCCGUGUUUGCGGUGAUUCUGGUAAUAACGGCAAUGGUCGGCAUGCUGGCAGGAUAUAUGGUGACGCGAAGGAUGAAUAAAGGGCUAGCAGGAUGCGAGCAUCGUAAUCAGCUCAAUUGGCACAGUGGGAAAAGCCUUUCGAUGCUGUCGCAAAAUCGGACCAGCGGUAAAGAUGUAAAUCUGCUAAUGAACACCACAAACCAGUACCACACACAGCAGCAAGCGAUAGUGCAACAGCUACAGCAGCACCAUCAAAACAACUGCAAAGACAAUAUCGAUUUCGACUACAAGGAUCGAAGCGUCGAGUGUAAAAACUCAACGGAAAACCUCGAGAAGGACAUCAGCAAAGGCAUGGGCACGCUGCAGAAGACGCGCCACUUGAAGACAUUUAAACCGUAGAGAGAUAGAGGGGGAGACAGAG